UACUAAAUCAUCAGUUUAUUUUAACUAAAAUACAUUCAUAUUAGGCAUUUUAGAGCUUGUAAUUUAUUCAUUCAGAUUAAACAUUGUUUUAGUCGUAACCUAAAGUAUUUUUUAUAUUUUACUGGCAACUACAGUAAACCGACCAUGUUUAUAAACACAGAACAAAGCAUUUGUGUCAUUCGAAGCACAUGUUAGUGUAAUCAUGUCAGCAGCUACUACUUGUGAAAUUUGUAAGGCGAAUGUCUCAAAAUAUAAAUGUCCUGUGUGUUUAAUCAAAUUUUGUUGUGUUUCUUGUUUCAAAACUCAUAAAGAUUCUGGGCCAUGUGUAAAACCUGAAAUUAUCAUUGAAGAAAAAGGUACAGAGGUAAAAGAUAUCAACUAUGAAUUUGAAACUGAAGAUACUGUUCCAACAGAGAAGUUGAAACUUUUAAGUAGAGACAAAUUUGUGAGAAAAGAUUUGGAAAACAAGUACCUGAGAGAAAUAAUUCAAAGUUUGUGCGUUUCAAAAGAUCCUUAUGUGUCUGUGGAACAAGCAAUGCAGGAGCCAAUAUUUGCAGAGUUUGUAACACAUUGUCUUGAUGUUGUUGAGGACAAACAAACAACUUAAUUUGCUAUGAAACUGCAGUAGUCUUUUGUAAUUGCCUCAAUGUGUUCUUUUGUACAUAAAAGUAUGUAGCAUAUACAAAUUUUAAAUAUUAAACUGUUUUCGAGUUUUAUGUUACCUGAAUUUGUCCUUUUCAAUCAAAAAGUUAGUUGACAGUAAAAUUUAGGAAUAUUAAUGUAUAUUUUGCUAGGUAAGUAUUUUUGUUUUAAGCACACCAGAUGAAUUGCAUAAUUUUGUUGAAUUUUAUCUGGUUUUUGAAAUGCCAAUAUUCAUUUUGAAACUUGUUUUUAGACUAUUUUGUACUUAAAAUGUAUUUGUUGAAUAUUUACCAUGUUUAUUUUUUAAAAGGGUGUAUUUUAUAUUAUGCCUACUGAAACUAGUUUCAAAUAUUGUGAACUAUCAUUUUUUGUUUAUGGCAGAAACAAAAAUUUGUUAUUGGUUCAACUACUCGGAAGUUUUGUAACUGAAAUCAUUUUUUAACGUCUCCCCAAGGCCCAACUAUGACUUAUGAGGACUCUGGGGUCUGGGUACUGACUUUAUUUGGCACUGCUCCUUCUCUGUCAAAUAUACUUUACAGUGUUGAUAAAAUUUUCUUGCACUUAUCUAUUAUCACAAGAUUAAAUUUGAUGACAUUUUGUACUAUACAGUAUCAUGUAUGUGACAUAUAUAGCAUAAGUUUGUAGAAGUGAUGCAUUAAAUACUAUACUGGGUGUUUCAGAAUUCUUAGUAAAUAUUUUAGAGGUGAUAUAAGAGCUGGUUUGGAGCAGAAAUCAAUGUAAACAUUACGGUCUAUCUCCAAGUUUUCUCAAGUUACUAGGUCCGAAGUAUCUAAAUCUGAGAAACAUUCCAUUUUUUGAGGCUAUUAAAACAAUUGAAGAGCAGAAAAAGUUCUGCAACAUGACAUUAGCCUCAUUGGAGUACUUCAUUUGAUGGUGAGGUACAAGCACUGAAACAUUUUCAAAAUAUCAUUUUUUUUCCAAAAUCUGAAUUUGACAAUUACGCCUUAGCCAAAUUGCUUGCUGCUAGUCUGUUGUAAAUAAAUACAUAUUUAUCAUACCUUCUGCAAAGAAAUGUUUCAUCUGUUACCUUUUGUAUCUGUUACGUUUAAAGUUUUCAAAUCCAUGACUUUCUGUAACUUCUGCUUAUAAAUUAAUAUUUUUCAGCAUUGCAUUUGCCUCUUUGUCAGGGGUGCCCACCUAGGGGGGGGGGGGGGUCAUGGCGCAGAAUGUGCCAUUGAAAUUUUUAGUGAGGGGGGAUGUUUGUAGGGAUAUUUUUCUCAUUUUUGGGAGGUUCUGCGAUAUUGAGUGGGGGUGCCCCCUUGUCCUUAGGGGUUGCAGGGCAUCCCCCGUCUUUGUUGCAAUAUAAAUGUUUUGAUUCUUCAAAAUACAGAUAAAAAAAAGGACUAGAUAUUUCAGAAUUGUUAGCAAAUAUGACAAGUUUUAAAAUAAUUAAAGUGGAAGAAAUAAAGAUAUUUGAAAAUUCUAAUAUAAUCAAAAACUCAAAAGGGGGUGAAGGAAACACCCACAAUACUUCCUUUCACUAUAUUAUCCUGCAAUUGUUGGAC